GUUCACUCAUUCAGUUUUCUAAAGGAUUCAAAGUAGCACAAUGUUGGCUAGAGUGCCGUUCUUAGUGGUUGCUCUGGUGGUGUUUUGUUCAAAACCUGCCAGGGCAGACGAUUUCCCGUCUUUAAUAUCGUCAAAUGCUUCGAUAGCUGUGAUUUUGGACCGAGAGUACCUGGAUAACACUUACAACGAACUGCUAAACGGAACCAAAUACCUGUUCGAAAGGAUAUUGCGGGAUAAUUUCAAAAAUGGUGGAUUGGUGGUGAAAUAUUUUUCCUGGACCAGUAUUAAUCUACGAAGAGAUUUUACUGCCGUGCUUUCUGUGUCCAACUGCGAAAACACCUGGGAUGUGUACAGGAAUGCGGCGAAGGAAAAUCUGGUUGUUAUGAGCAUUACGGAUUCCGACUGCCCACGAUUGCCAGUUCAUAACGCGAUCAUGAUUCCAAAAACAAUAUUUUCUACGGGAAACUUUGAAGAACUGCCCCAAGUUAUAAUGGAUAUGAAAACGAUCAAUGCCUUCAGGUGGAAAGCGGCGGUGGUUUUGUAUGACGAUAGUUUUGAUCGUGACGUCAUCGCACGGGGUGUCCUUGCGCUGUCGAAAGAAUCCGACGAAGUGACCCCUCUGUCUGUGUCUAUGUUCCGCAUCGAAAGUCACACGCACAUGUGGGAUAAGCGUAAAGCGGUGAGGAAGGUUUUGCUGAGUUUGCCCACUCAAUAUAUCGGUACUAAUUUUAUUGGCAUUGUUACUACUCAAACCAUGGAGCUGCUGAUGGAAAUCGCGAAGGAGCUGAAGAUGGUCAAUCCGAUGUCUCAAUGGCUAUAUGUUAUUGCGGACACCACGUCGGAGAGAAAUAAUAUUUCAUCAAUACACCAGAUGCUCGCCGAAGGUGACAAUGUCGCGUUUGUGUACAAUUUGAGAAAAGAAUCUCAAUCCUGUGAGUCUCACAUUCUGUGCUACAUCGAAAACUUGAUCAACUCGUUGGUGCAUGCACUGUCGAAACUGAUCCGUGAGGAGAAGGCAAUCUACGGUCAAAUUGCUGACGAGGAAUGGGAAGUGAUACGGAUGACGAAGGUCGAGCGAAGGAAAGAAAUUCUCAAAAUUAUGAAAAAUGAUCUUACUGAUAAGGACAACUGCAAUCUUUGCUCCAGAUGGAAGGUGCAAACGGGACAAACUUGGGGCUACGCAUAUCGAAUGAUUUCAGGCGAAUCGGAAUCUCCUGGUCCUGUAGCAAAAUCGAAGCAGCCCGAAAUUGUGGAUGUUGGCUAUUGGACACCGCAGGAUGGAUUCAUGAUGCAGGAUUUUCUGUUCCCUCACAUUGCCGAUAAGUUUCGUGGAGUCCAUUUAAAUUUCUACAGUUACCAUAAUCCACCAUGGCAGUUUGUGGCGCUUAAUGAAAGUGGUCAUCCACACUUGUCCCAUGGAGUGGUUCUGGACGUCUUGAAGGAACUCUCCAGAAAGUUGAAUUUUACCUACACCAUAACAAUUGCGCAGACCAAUUUGGAAUACAUAGGGAACAUGACGGACGAUGGCAACAGUACGUUCAACAAAGAUGUUCACACGGUAACUACUGACGUACCGGCAGAAAUACUGAAGCAAUUGAUGGACAAUAAGAUUCUUUUAGCCGCUGUUGGUGCCACGGUAAGUGAGAAGCAAAAGAAAUACAUUACAUUUUCCAAACCGAUCAGCAUUCAAACGUACAGUUUCAUUGUAUCACGGCCAAGGGAACUAAGCAGAGUAUUUCUUUUCUUGUCGCCCUUCACUGUUGAUACCUGGAUGUGCCUUGCAGCAACGAUCCUUCUCAUGGCACCAAUGUUGUACAUAAUACAUCGGUCAAGUCCAUUUUAUGGGCACAUUGGAAAAAACAACACCAUCGGUCUGGGAAAACUGAACAAUUGUUUCUGGUACAUUUACGGGGCCUUAUUGCAGCAAGGAGGUUUGUAUUUGCCGUAUGCGGACAGUGGUCGUAUCAUCAUCGGUACCUGGUGGUUGGUUGUCCUGGUACUGGUCACCACCUACUGCGGAAACUUGGUCGCCUUUCUAACCUUCCCGAAGAUUGCUAUUCCCAUUACGACAAUUUCACAGUUGGUCAAAAAUCAGCAGGGCGUUUCGUGGAGCAUUCGAAAAGGUACUUUUUUGGAGCAGUUCUUGUUGGAAACCGACGACCCCAAAUACGUCCGACUGUACAACGGGGCAAAAUUUAUUACCGAAGAAUCGGAUCAGAUAGUCCGAUCGAUUCGGGAGGGUCACCACGUGCACAUCGACUGGAGAACGAAUUUGAACUAUCUGAUGAAACGAGAGUUCCUGAAGAACGACCGAUGCGACUUCGUGCUUAGUAUGGAUGAGUUUUUGGACGAACAGAUAGCCUUAGCGAUGCCGAAGAACAGCCCCUACAUUGAUGUGAUCAACGACGAACUGAUUAAGAUGCAACAGUUUGGAUUCAUGCAGCGCUGGCUGAAGAAAUAUUUACCUUCCCAGGACAAGUGCUCGAAGGUGCGACGAAGCUCGGAGGUGGAGAAUCAUACCGUCAAUAAUGAUGAUAUGGCUGGAUGCUAUUAUAUUCUGCUGAUUGGAUUUUCCAUGGGAAUGGCGAUGUUUCUGGUGGAAUAUGUCUGGCGCUGGUACAAGAAAUCCAGAAAGGCGAAACUGCAGCCAUAUACGGAUUGAGCAUAUAGGGAUCAAAGCAAAUUUCAAAAGUUCCACAGCAAAGAACGCGCCAGCUAUAUGCUAUUGAUAUUUGCCUUGGUCCUUGCUGUAAUCUACUUUAAGUCACUGCUCGUUGCUAUUUUGUGGGAUUGACCUGAAUUAUUGUGGAACGUGCACCUCUUUGUAAGCAGUAGUAUGCUUGAUGAUUCCAACAAGUAACAUAAUCACAUCUACGUAAAUCGGCAACACUUUCGUCUUCUUUGAAGAUCAUUUAAAUCAAAUUAAAAGCGACAGCUGUCGAAUGUUUGGAGUGCUUCGUGUUUGUUCGAAUCGUUUCCUCUUGAAUGGGUUAAAUACGAAAGCAAAAGCCCCAGCUAGCAACCAGACUAACGCAAAAGCACGGAGUCGCGAGCACCGAAUCUGAAAAUAGUCUAACACGUUUGGUCAUUCCACCGAUCAUUUCCCCACUCACCUGUUGACUAGAAUGACUGACUAGCUCAGCGUCAAAUUUACGCGUGAAAAAUAAAGCAUCGGACGGCGGUUUGCUCAAUCAGUUGCUUUCGAGAUGCCGGUUUUCGGCCUGACGUAACUCACUUAGCUAUCUGUCUUCGGAAAAUGAAACAGGCCUCUCAGUCAGGCAGUUAGGUAAAAGACUCGGCUACUCGGCUUUUCUGUUAGUCAUUAACGCGAACCGCUUAAAUUCUCUUUUAAUAACAAAGGCACAAAUAUAUGCACACAAUCU